GGUUCAGCAUUAGUUGAUUGUCAUCAUUCAACCGGUUAACGAGCAUUACGUAAUUAUUUUUAUUUAAUACGGUCUUAGUAAACUCUAUAAUUUACAAAAAAUAUUGUUAAAAUGGUGAAAGCAAAAAAAUUUGUUGUCGUUAAACAUUUUGAAGGGGAUCCUAAACCAUCAGAUUUGAAAUUAGUGGAAGAAGAAUUGGCACCGAUUACAGAUGGCGAAUUUCUUGUGCAAGCAGAAUACCUAUCUGUUGAUCCAUAUAUGAGACCGUAUGUAGUACAGUUUCCACUUGGCAUUACUAUGAUAGGUUCUCAAGUUGGUAAAAUAAUUGAAUCUAAGAACCCAGAUUAUCCAGUUGGUAAAAGAAUAGUUGGAUAUUUUGGAUGGAGAACUCAUACAAUCGUGAAUCCAAAAUUACUCCCAGAACUUGAACUUACUGCACAAAAACCAUAUUUAUUACCAGAAAUAGGAGAUUUAUCUCCUUCUUUAUGUUUAGGAGUCUUAGGAAUGCCAGGAAAUACAGCCUACUUUGGUCUCGUUGAAAUCUGUUCACCGAAACAUGGUGAAACACUUGUUAUAAGCGGAGCUGCUGGUGCAGUUGGAUCUCACGUAGGUCAAAUAGCAAAGAACGUUUUUGGUCUUAAUGUUAUUGGAAUUGCUGGUUCGGAUGAGAAAUGUAAAUGGCUAGUAAAUGAGUUAGGCUUCAAUAGUGCUAUAAAUUACAAAAAACAAGAUGUAUCUGUGGCAUUAAAAAAAGCAGCACCAAAGGGUGUUGACUUGUAUUUUGACAAUGUUGGAGGAGAUAUUUCUAGCAUAGUUAUAUAUCAAAUGAAUCUCUAUGGUCGAAUAUCAGUGUGUGGUAGUAUUUCAUCGUACAAUUCGGAUCAUGCCUCUCUGCCUAAAUGUAUACUGUUACAACCAGCCAUGAUUUUUAAUCAAUUAAAAAUGGAAGGUUUCGUAGUGACCCGUUGGAAUGAACAAUGGCAAGAAGGAAUACAAAAAAAUUUGCAAUGGAUUCGCGAGGGCAAAAUUGUUUCUUAUAAAGAAACAAUUACAAAAGGUUUUGAAAAUAUGUUCGACGCAUUUUCUGGAAUGUUGAAAGGUCAAAAUAUUGGUAAAGCUAUUGUACAAGUAUAAAGAAAUAGAAUUAGUUAUUUUUUAUAUAAAUAUAUUAAGAUCUAUAUAUUUCUAUAUUUUAAAUCAUAUGUAAUAAUAAUAUACAUAUAAAAACAGUACGUGCUUAAUUUCCCUAUGAAUAAUUCUAAAUACUAUCAUUGUUUAUUUCGCUAUAUUGGAUUUUAAAUAAAAAUGUAAUAAAAUUAUAUUAUUUGAUUAGAUUA